AUGUUCACACGUAGAACACUUCCUCUAUAUAUAAAAAAGCCUCAAAGAUUGCAAACCCCCAAAAAAAACUUUACUCUCUCUUUCUUCAUUUGACUUCAAUCUAAUUUCGUCUCCGCUCCUUAUCGUUUUCUUGUUCUUGAUGUUGAAAGAUAUCACAAAGAAAACACUAAACAACCCAAGAUUCUAAAUCCUAUAUCGGAUUUUGAUAUUUUCUAGAGAAAAGGUUAGUUUUUUUGUAACUAAUUUUUAGCAAAAGUGGAUCCUAGAAUGUAUGGGAACUGGCCCUCCAAUGAAUCUGAGGAAAAAGAGGGAGAUGAGAACUUAUUCCCGGCUUUCUCGGCCCGAUCUCAACACGACAUGCGUGUUAUGGUCUCGGCCUUGACUCAAGUAAUCGGAAACCAACAAAGCAAUCCUCAUGAUAACAUUAUUGAUAACCAUCCUUAUGUGUAUAAUCCACAAGACGACCCUAAUCAACAAGUGGCUCCUACUCAUCAAGUUGAAGGAAACUUGAGGAGAAGGCAUUAUAGAGGGGUAAGGCAAAGGCCAUGGGGAAAGUGGGCAGCCGAAAUUAGAGAUCCACAAAAGGCGGCACGCGUGUGGCUCGGGACAUUUGAAACCGCUGAGUCGGCAGCUUUAGCAUAUGAUGAAGCAGCUCUAAAGUUCAAAGGAAGCAAAGCCAAACUCAAUUUCCCGGAGAGGGUUCAACUAGGAAGUAACUCUACUUAUUACUCCUCAAAUCAAGUUCCACAAAUCCAACCGCAAAAUAAUAUACCAUACAACCAAUAUUAUCAAGAUGGGAGUAGUAACGAUAUGCUAAGUUUCAAUUUGGGAGGGGGAUAUGGUACCACUAGCGGUAGCGGAUAUUCAAUGUCAUAUGAUCAUAGUACUACUACUGCAGCUACAACUACUUCUUCGUCUUCUGGUGGCUCUUCUAGGCAACAAGAAGAGCAAGAUUAUGCCAGGUUUUGGCACUUCGGGGAUUCUUCUUCCUCUUCUCGUUCAGGUUUUUGAGAAAUUCAUUAAGAGAUUUGAAUUACUUGUGAUUAAGUCUCAUAAAAGUUUAGGUGAUGAUAUGUUUCUGAUUUUGAGUGUUAAUUUUUGUCCUCCCUUUUAAGAUUUCUUGAACGUAUAAGUCUAUUUUCUUGAUUUAAUCAGCUGCAACAUUUUUGGUCAUAAGUGACAAGAUAAUCUCACCGCGAGAUAAAAUGCUUAUUACAUAAGACGUAAUUCUUGUUUUAACUUGGGUGUGCAAUAGUAUUAUAUGUUCCGUUAA